AUGCAGCCGCAAGUGGACAAGCCGGUCAACAUGGAAGCUCUCAAGUCAGAGGUGCGGGCGGCACUGAUCAACCGCAAGUCGUUCUCGUGCCCGAUUGCGCUGCGGGUGGCGUGGCAUGCGUCCGGGACGUUUGACAAACACGACGGGACCGGCGGGUCGGACGGGGCGACGAUGCGGUUCGAGCCGGAGAUCUCGGACGAUGCCAACAAGGGCCUCUCGAUUGUGCGUGACAUGCUGCACGAGGUGAAGAAGGCGCACCCGGAGGUGUCCGAGGCGGACUUGUGGACUUACGCUGGAGCGGUGGCGACCGAGUUUAUGGGCGGCCCGGUCGUCCCGCACGCGUUUGGGCGGACUGAUGCCGACGACGGGUCGAGCUGCCCGGAGAACGGGCGGAUUCCGGACGCGUCCAAGGGUGCCGAUCACGUCCGCGAGUUCUUUACCCGCAUGGGCUUCUCUGACCGCGAGACGGUGGCGCUGAUGGGUGGGCACACGGUGGGGCGGGCGCACAUUGUGCGGUCAGGCUUUGACGGCCCGUGGACCCGCAAGAACCUCUCGUUCGACAACGAGUACUUCCGCAACCUCAUGUUCGAGGAGUGGCAGGUCAAGGAGUGGGAUGGCCCGCUGCAGUACGAGGACGUGGCGACUGGCGAGCUGAUGAUGCUGCCGACGGACAUGGCGAUGCGGACCGAUGCCGAGUAUGCCAAGUGGGCGCGGGCGUAUGCCAACGACCAGGACCUGUUCUUUGCCGACUUUGCCAAGGCGUACGCCAAGCUGCUCGCGCUCGGCUGCCCCGAGGCGUGCAAUCCGUUCAACGUGCCCGGCGUCGAGCCGCCAAUCACGCCGUUCCCUGUUGCGCCGGCCGCUGCCGCGCCCAGCGGCAAGUGCCCGUUCUCAGGUGCCGGCGCGUCGAGCGACGCCAGCUCGGCCAAGUUCCGCGAGCUCGCCAUGCACGGCUCGGUUGGCCCGCUCAAGAAGGCUACGCCCGCCGCUGACGUCCACCAGCUCGAGGCCUCGUCGUCGCGCUCGGCGCUGCACAAGGCGGCCUUCUGGGGCCACGUCCAGGUCAUCGACUACCUCUGCAACGAGGUCGGCAUCAACCCGGACGUGCAGGACGUGUAUGGCGACACGGCGCUCCACGACGCCGCGCGCUUUGGCCACGCCGAUGUCGUCAAGCUCCUCCUCGCCGCUGGCGCCUCCACCUCGGUCACCAACGCCGCCGGCCUCACCCCGCUCCAGGUCGCGGUCGAGUACUCCAAGCACGACGUUGUCGCCCUCCUCAAGGCCGCGCCUUCGCACUCGCGUCUGUAG